AUGGGUUACGGUAAGACGCCGGCUCUGGUCCGCAUUCCCACAGCACCCAUUCCUCGCCACGAUUGCUUACUUGUUUGCGAUGAAGUAGCAGCUUCUCCAUCGAGUGAAAAGUUCAGCCUGUUUAUUGUUGCAAUGUGUGCUGACAUAAGCCAUGGCAUCUGCAAGCAAGCUUCGGGAAUGAACACAGUUUAUGAGAAAAUAUCUGGCCUACUGACUUCUCUUGAUGGAAGGUUUCCUUCUCUAUCUGAACUUUCCGCGUUUUCUGAUCUUUGCGAAAAGAUCAGUAGUCAGGAGACUGUAGAUACGGCCAGAGAUUUUGAAGGCAAUUGGCAAUCUUGGAUGGAAGUGGCCAACACAGGGCUCGGACCGGGAGUGGUAAAACUGGAGCCUAUCAUACCAGUUAUCCAGAAGUGCAUCGCAUACUCGGACGAUGGAGAGCCGCAAGGACCAUCAGCCUUGUUCAUUGCCCCAACGAAAGAGUUAUGCGUGCAGAUUAACGAUCUCUUGGUUAAACUGCUAGAACCCUUGCCAUUUCUGCGCACUUUGAAUCUCUCUAAUUUGACAUCAGAAGAGAAGUCUGUAUGGGAAAAUGAUUUUGCACAUUUUGUUGAUGUUCGGCAUCUUGUACUUGAUGAGGCUGAUCUACUGUUGUCUUUUGGAUACGAAGAGGAAAUGAGUGCUCUGAAGCAGUAUCUUCCCCCAAACUAUCAAUGCAUUCUUACCUCAGCUACUAUCACAGAUGACAUGAGUGCUUUGAAGAGUUUGUUUAUGGUUAGACCAGUGUUAGCUUUGAAACUAAAGGCAGUGAAGCAUCCUCACACAGAGAUCGGAGUGAAAUGGAAAUGGAAAGUGGAAACUUUGACCUAG